AUGAUAGUCUACUCGAGUUCAUUAUUGGUGCUUUUUUAUACACUUUUUCAAGAAGUGUCGUAUGGUAUACAUGUAAAUGGGGAAAGGAGAAUAGUUAAUCACAAAGAACACGAAGGAUUUAACGUUGAUGAUAUUAAUUCGUGGAUGAAGCUAGAUGAUGCAAAUUUUUUAAAUACAUGGACAAAAAAUGUGUCAGAUAUAUCUUUUAUGCAGAGUGAAGCUAGCAAAGAAACUGGUAAUGCAUCGAAUACAGGUUCUGCAAAAGGCACAAGCAAUAGCAAAUAUAGCACGGAUUGGGGCUUUAUGACUGAACAAAAGGAUGAUAAUAAACCUAAGAAACCCAAAUCUAACUCAGGAGAAUCAAAAGCUAGUUCCUCGGAAGGAAGCUCCAAUGCAUCUGGGAAAUCAGAUUCCACAUCAUCAUCAACUCCACUUUCAGAAUAUUCAACAUAUGCUUCGGGUUCUUCCUCUAGUGUUGGUACUAAGGAAUUUGAUAAAGAAAUGCGUGAUUUCAUUGCAUAUCACCCUAUGGAUAUUUGGGUUAGGGAAAUGGGUUCGCUAGAAAAAGACUAUAAAAAAGUCAAAGAUGAUGAAGCUAAAAUUUUAGGCGAAGAACACAAUGAAAUUGAAGAAAAAAGAAAAGAAGAACGAUUAAAAAUGUUAGAAGAAAGCGAUGCACAAGAAGAAAAAAAUGAAUCUGAAGAUAUCGAUUUUCUAAAAAAUGAACAUACAGACACUCGAAUAAAAGGUGGGUUUAGUGAAUUCAUUAGUAAUUUAAAUCCAUUUAAAAAAGAAUUAAAACCAUUAAAAAAAGAAAUAUCAUUGGCUACUUAUAUUCCGAAAACAAUACCAAAUAAAGAAAAAAUUAUGAGAGACAUUGGUAUAACACACAAAUAUGAACCUUACCAAAAAAGUAUUUUGUAUAGUUGUCCACAUAAUAACUAUUUAUUCAAUGAUAUUGAAAGUUUACAUAAAGAAUUUGCAAAAAAUAAAGAAAGAGAAGCAUUUACAAAUAAAAUUGUUGAUCAUAAUAACGAAUGUUUAAAAAUCUUUGGGUUGUUAGAUUAUGAAUUACCAGAUAACGGAACUAAAUUAGGAAAUGUAAUUGGUUCUUUUGGUGAACAUCAUAUCAGAUCAUACGAAAUAGAAAAUGAUUUAGUUAAAUAUCAACCGGAUCUUGAUUACAUCACCUUAGCAGAUGAUUAUAAAUUACUGCAAAAUGAUAUAAAUAAUCUAGAAAAUGUAAAUUUCUGUUUAUUAAAUCCAACAACAUUAGAGAAUUUUCUAAAACAAAAAGAAAUUAUGGAUAUUAUGGGAACAGAUCGUGCUGCAUAUGAAGAAAAAUUUACAAAAUACAUGGGAGAAUCUAUUAAUUGUCAUAUCGAAUCUUUAAUAUAUGAUGAACUUGAUGCAUCUCAGGAUAUAAAAAUUGUUUUGAAAAAUGUUAAAAAAAAAUUAUAUUUACUUCAAAAUGGAUUAACCUAUAAAAGCAAAAAAUUAAUUAAAAAGAUAUUUAAUGAAAUUGAAAAAAACCCAGACCCAAUUAUAGAAAAACUUACUUUGAUUUAUGAUAAUAUUUACCAUCUAAAAAGAGAUUACACAUUUUUAGCAUUUAAAACUGUAUGUGACAAAUAUGUUUUUCACUAUAACAUACACGCAUCAAUACAAGUUAUGACAUUAUAUCUAAUGGAUUAUCUUAGAUAUUAUGGUGCUUGCUUUAAAAGUGUAAUUGUGUACAAUGCUAUCCUAUCUGGUAUACAUGAACAAAUGAAGCAUUUAAUGAAAUUAAUUCCAAGAAAUAAUAUGUUAACCGAUGCUCAUUUUGAGGCAUUACUACACAAAAAGAAUAAAAAAAUUACAAGAAAAGAUUAUGUAUUAAAUGAUUAUGAUCCUAGCAUCAAAGCUUAUGCUCUUACCCAAUUGGAAAGACAACCGAUGGUUGUUGUAAUUGAUGGUUUUUUCGAGGCAAAAAAGAAAAUUUUAUCAAAAAUGAUAGCUCAAAUGAAACUAGAUUUAUUUUCAAUUACAAGUGAAGAUUUAAAAAUACCCAAAGAAAACGGAAAAAAUUCAAAAUUGGCAGCUAAAUUAAUCAGCUUGUACAAAGCAGAAAUUAAAAAAUUCUUUAAAGAAAUGCGAGCAGAUUAUGUCUUCAUUUUGAAGGAACGUUUUAAGGGUCAUUACAAAAAGAACUAUAUGUUGUAUAAUCGACUACAAUAG